UCCCAAAGCCCCAAUCACUUCAUCUUCAUUCUCAUUUUUCUUCCCCCUUCAAUUUCUCUCUGCAAAAUCCUAUCUUCUUUUGACAAAUUUUCUCUCUAAUCUCUUCUAUUGCAGCUAUGGAUUCCGAUCCGACCCGCCGCCACGGCCAUUCGCACCAGCAGCACUCCUCCAGCGAGCUUCUUUCUAGCGCCAAAGUGGUUGCUCAGGCAGCCCAGGCCACUUUCCGCCACGAAACGGGCAAAGUCGACAAGGCCCAUGCCGCCCAUGCCGCCGGGGAUCUUCUCGAGGCCGCUUGUCACUACGGCAAAUUGGAGGAUAAUUCCUUUGGGAAGUACGUUGACAAGGCCGAGGAUUACCUUCACAAGUACGGCAGCUCCUCCCACAAUCCCGUCGUUGGCGCACCUUCCGACCAUCCGACCGCCGCCAGCACGCACUCCACAAAACCGGAUCAUCAGUCACAUGGGCAGGGGGAUUACUUGAAGAUGGCUCAAGGGUUCUUGGGAUCGGGCUCGAAAGCUGAUUCUCACUCGUCAAAACCAGGCCACUCGGAAAGUGGCGGCGGCAGCGGCGGCUAUGGGGAUUACUUGAAGUUGGCUCAAGGCUUCCUGAAAAAGUGAUGGGUUUGUUUUUGUGAAAUCUGUAUGGAGUUUGUGGGUUUUACCAUAGAUAUAUAUUUGCUGUUAUUCUUCUGAUCUGGUGAGGAAUUCCAACUUCUUGCUUUGUGACUUCAAUUCAUCAUAUGUGAUGUAUUGCUCCUUAAAAGGCUCAAACUCUGUUUUGAAUAUCUAUAUAUAUAUUUAUGUAUAUAUCAUGUGUUCAAUUUUUAGGUGUUAUGUCAACCAAAAAGUAGGAUGUAAUGGAGAAGAAUCUUGAAGGUGGACAGAGAUGUCUGUGUGUUACGAUGAAUCAAUAAAUGGAUAUUAAGUAACAGUAAAGAUAAGAUAAUUCCCUU